AUGCGUAGCCAGUGGGUGGCGCAGUUUGCUGAACUGGCGCUCCUUGUUCUGGUCGCUCAGGCAGCUCUCAAACCAGCAAUGCCUCCUGUGAUCAAGGACCAACCUUUCCACGUUUUCUGGGCUGUCCCUACUUUGUUUUGUAAAGAUAAUUUCGAUGUAAAUAUGAAUCUUCAAGUAUUUAACAUCAUUCCAAAUCCUUUCGAAACGCAGAGUGGAUCCACCAUUGCUGUGUUUUAUCCAAAGGAACUCGGAUAUUAUCCUUAUUUCUCUGAAGAUGGAACAUCCUUCUAUGGUGGAAUACCUCAGAAUGUGAACCUUUCUGAGCACCUCAGGAAAAGUGCCAGCGACAUUGCGAAUGCUGUCACUUUGUGGAGAUCGGAAGGACUUGCUGUUAUUGACUGGGAAGGCUGGAGACCCCAGUGGGAUAGGAAUUGGGGCAACAGAAUAAUAUAUAAAAACCACUCGCUUGCCUUCACUCGACACCACCAUCCUGACUUGGCAGAAACGAAAGUGAGAUCAGUUGCCCAGCAAGAAUUUGAAAAUGCUGGAAGAAGUUUUAUGAACGUUACUCUCACGUUGGCUUUAGAAAUGAGACCAAAGCGUUUGUGGGGCUUCUAUCUCUAUCCAGAUUGCUACAAUUACGAUUACCGGAUAAAUCCAGAGUUCUACACGGGUGGUUGCCCAGACGAUGAAAUUUUCCGCAAUGACCAACUCAUGUGGCUAUGGGAAAAAAGUGCAGCACUCUAUCCUUCCAUAUUUCUGAGUAAAAUAUUAAAAUCAAACUUAAAUGCACUGAAGUUUGUUCAUUUUCGAGUGAGAGAAGCCCUGAGAGUUGCUGAAAUGGCUAGAAAGGACUAUGCUUUGCCAGUUUUCAUUUUUUCCAGACCAUUUUAUUUGCAAAGUAUUGAAGCUCUGUCAGAGGAGGACUUAGUGCACACAAUUGGCGAAAGUGCUGCAUUGGGAGCAGCAGGAAUAAUAUUAUGGGGAGGAUAUGAAUAUUCUGAUACAAAGAAGACUUGCUUAUCUGUGCGACAAACUGUUCAUGGACUAUUGGGCCCCUAUGUUCUCAACGUCACAUCAGCAGCAAAGCUCUGUAGUCAAAAUCUAUGUAGCAGUCACGGAAGAUGUGUUCGGAAGACACCUGAAUCCUCCUUUUAUCUGCAUAUGCCUGAGGAUAGCCACAAAAAUUAUGUCACAAACAAGGGUUUCAAUUUUGUCAUUUCUCCAAAAAGUAAGCUGAAGACAAUAAUGACUAUGAAGAGUGAAUUUGAGUGUCACUGUUACUAUGGCUGGCAGGGAGAGUCAUGCAGAUCUCACUCUCCAAAUCUCCACAAGAACAAGGCUCCUGCAACUGGAUUGAAUUCAGUCGUUUUUGUUGGCGUGGCCUUAUUUGUGAUUCUGGUGAAUGUUUUUCCUAUUCCCUACUUCAAUGGCAAUUUUUCAUUUAAACACUGA